UGCUCAGUCAGAAAUGUCAAAACGUACGGAGCUCGGAUCUACCCUUUCUCGAUUUUAAGAAAAUUUAAUUUAAUUAUUCGGUUGUGCAAGUUCUGGUCGAAGAAUGAUACGAAACGCGUAAACUAUUAUUGGAAGUUGUAAUUGUCGUGAAGUUAACUAAAAAAUCCCUUUCGAAUUCCGUGCAUCUUCCCUCAUACUCGGUCACUGGAAUGGAUACAUUUUACCUAUAUGGUUUUCAAAAUGUGUUUUGAUGUUUAAAUAAUGUUACGAGCUUAUUUACAAGUAGUGGAAGUGGUGUAUGUUGUUAACAACAGUGUUGUGAUAUUUUGAAAAUAUUUAUUAUGCAUUUUUAUGGAAACUAUCGCUGUUAAGUAGGAUGGAUGGAGGCGAGCCAACAUGAGUGAGCUGCAGGCGACUGUUGAGUUCUCAGUCGAGCUUUGCAAGUUCUACAAUGUCGAUCUCUUCCAGCGCGGAUUCUACCAAGUGCGGACUGCCUUGAGGGUGUCUCCAAAGUUGCCAGUCAAGAUUGAAGUCACUCUUCCACGUACACAGAAGUCCGAGCUGGUGUUCCCCGCGUGUGUAGUGAAUGGUGCAGGAGUCAGUAAGACUUUUCAGAUACUUUACCGCAAUGAGGAGGUGUGCUUGGACGAUGCCAUCAUGUUCAGGGCUCAUAUCCUGGUUGACAGCCAUAAGAUAGAGGAGACGCUGGACCGUGCAGACUUCAGCCUGUCAGUGGAGCUGUGGUUCACGGACCAGACGUUCGGCCCGGACCAGCACAGCGCCAUGACGUGUGUGUCCAGUCGUAACCUGCAGCUCAAGUUCUCCGCCACCCGAGGUCUCCAUUACCAUCUGCCUGUGCUGUUCGACUACUUCCAUCUGGCAGCCAUCACUGUCACCAUCCACGCCAGCCUGGUCGCACUGCACCAGCCGUACAUCAAGAAAAGCAUUCUACAUCUAGUUCAAAGCUGCACUCCGCGUAGUGGCAAGAAUUGGCUGGGAAAUCACCAGAGAUUCAACUUCAGACAACCUCAUGCGACCAUGGAGACCGUCUUCUUCGGAAAUUUAAGUGGCAGCAGUGGGACCAAGUGUGUCGGUAGCGGAGGCAGUAGACUGACGCACGCUCGUCACGUCCACCGUGAGGUCUGCGGACUGCUGCUGGCUGCUUACGAGGCUCUCACCCAGAACACGCAGACAUUCUCCCAGCUGUUACCUCAGUGGCAGCAGCCUCCCCCCACCACCCCCUCCACUCUGGACUGUCUGCAGCGAUUGGCCAACCUCAGCGACCUUGCUAAGGACUGCCAACGCGCUCUACUCUCCCGACCUUCGUCGAAACUGAGAACUCAGGCACAUUGGGACCGGCUGCGGAUGGUGGAAGGGGAGGAGGAGUUUGUCACACUAGCCAACUCCGACAUUGCCCAGUUGUGUGCGGAGAACAUUCUGCUGUGGCAACAGUUCCUGGAGGCGUUCUCUGGCAAAGAACCGGUACACCAACAUCUGGCGAGAACACACCAUCACCUCAGGGUCAAGAGGUUUGCCGAAGGGUUUUUUGUGCUAGACAACCCGAGAGGCAGUGCGGCUGGCUGUUACGACCAGAACUACCAGAGCUACCUGGCCGUCAGUGAUUUGGCCAGAAGGUCACGCUACCUCUCCGCUCUGCCCAACCUGCCCGUGCACUGUGCAGAGCUGGACGGAGAUAUCAACACUCUACCUAUCAUAUUUGAGGACCAAUACCAAGAAGUGUCUGAGUUUGCCAGGAGAAGAAGCGUCGCCGGCAGAAAGGCUGGGAGCGAUCCGUUUCUUAACACUUGUGGGGUGACUGACUCCAACAAGCUGGAUAGCAAGUCUUUAUUGUCAACGUCCAACCCAGUGCAGGAGGACUGCAGUUGUGGCAUAGCGGCCAUCUUGGAGUCGAGGUCACAGAAGGCUAUUAAACAAGGGAACAGACUGGCCGCUGGUAUAUCGGUUCCAAUGGGUGUAGGCGAGGAGAGGCACACCAGAAGAGGCGAUGUGCUGGAGGCAAGUCUAACACUGAUGCCUCAGGCUAGGCACAGCAAGUCCUUGGAUCAGCUGUUACGAACUCCUGCGACAGACAUUACCAUCUCACUGCCUCACAGCGCUGACUAUAACAGCAAAAGUUUAAUCAGCAGAAAUACAGAUUUCAACAAUGCACCAACUGAUUCUGCAACGUUGCCUACAAGAGGGGCGAAACGGACGAACAACCCUUCCAGAUCGGAAAACAACCCUGAGUUUUUCACACUUCCACUGCCGCCUUCCCACGGGACCAAACACCGCAUUCCAGAGACUAACAAUCUCUUCCGCAACCUUACACCAAUCCAGAACAGAAAGGAGUUGUUCAAUCAGAAGAUCUCAAGAGUUCCAACAGAUGCUUCUACCCUUCCAUUCUCCCUUCCAUCACACGGGCAUCACAAACGCCGCAGUCAUCUUCCGAGAAGUGUGCCUGCUCGUGAUGUUGUCCCGAUCUCCAGUCGUGAUAUCAACCUAGAGUUCUAUGUUGAUGCUAAAGAACAAACAAUGAAAGAGGUGGUGAACGGCACGAUGAAGUACAAAGAGGAAAUCCCCGCGAGGGUUUUACGACCACGCAACUUGAUAGACAACAGCGCAAACCUCCUGCACUCGUUUCCGCCGGACCGAAACCACAUGAUGAACGGCAAUGGCUCCCCGUCCACGGAUUCUAACGACUCGUCCCUCCCAGGGAACUACCGGACAACGAGGCUAGAGACCAGCGCUAGUGUACCAUACAACCUGAGCGAGGCUACGAACGGAGUGAUUAAACACUCGCUGAGUACAGCGUCCAUGCCGGCUGUGGUACGGACGAGACCUCUGACUGCGACUGCGGCCAAUAGCAGCGAGUCUAUGCCUAAUUUGGUGUCCGCCCCACCACUGCCUCCCCCCCUCCACAGGUCCCCCCUCCUCUCGUCUUCUCUGUCGGAGAGUGACAUCACGUCAGAGCAGAGUGGCUGGGUGUCGAGUCACAGGUCGUCCGUAGACACCAGCAGUGGACAGAUUAGUCCUACAGGAAGUGAAGUAGCCAAACACAGAAUGCUCAACAGUUCCCAGCUAAGAGCUAGACUCGAAGCGUUAGUAUCCCCCCCAGCUGCCCCGGCUGUAUCGGAUCAUCCCUACGAGGAGCUGAGGCUGCCCCCGCCUCGACAGUUCCGUGACGUACCCCCUCCCCCGGAGGGCUUCAGAGACCCCCCUCCCCCUGGCCCGGGACCAAUAGACAACCUGCUGUACCACAUGUACGAGAGUGUCAAGGAGAGGGGGGCAGGGGGUGAGAGGGAGAGAGAGAGAUGGAGGCGGAGCCAGUCACGCACACAGACCAACGGGGAGGCUAAACCACCGUUCAUCUGUGGUGGUCCCACCCCAGAGGAGGCGCCUUGCGAGUGUUACAACGAGGAGAACAUGAGGCAACGACUCGUUACACCUCAGACUGACGACUCCGCCUCAUUCCAGAAGUGCAAAGAUGAGUUCAAGAGACAAAUCAAUUUCUCUGGCCUCAUUUACAGUGACUUCCCCACUCUGGCUUCCACGCUGCCUUACUUCCACAUAAGCGACGAGUACCGCAUCUUCUCACCCGAGGGGAUGCAUCUCGUAGUCUGCGUCCACGGACUGGACGGUAACUCUGCGGAUCUGCGUCUGGUCAAGACAUACUUGGAGCUGGGCCUGCCGGGGGCCAACCUGGAGUUCCUCAUGUCAGAGAGGAACCAGGGUGAUACGUUCUCAGAUUUCGACACGAUGACGGACCGACUGGUUGGAGAGAUUCUGUACCAUGUCGAUGCGUGCGGUCUCAACCCCACCAAGAUCAGCUUUGUGGGACAUUCCUUAGGGAACAUCAUCAUCCGGGCGGCCAUCGCACGACCUCAGAUGAAACACUUGCUGCCCAGACUGUACACAUUCCUGUCACUGAGUGGUCCACACCUCGGCACUCUGUACAACAAUAGUGGCCUGGUCAACAUGGGAAUGUGGUUUAUGCAGAAGUGGAAGAAGUCAGGCUCUCUGCUACAGCUCGCCCUGAGAGACGCAGCAGACGUGAGGCAGACGUUCAUGUACAAGCUGUCGCAACGUUGUCACUUGUCACACUUCCGACACGUGUUGUUGUGUGGCUCGUCACAGGACCGAUACGUUCCUCUACACUCUGCACGCAUCGAGCUCUGCAAAGCCGCAGUCAAAGAUACUUGCAGCCUAGGGGCAGCAUACAGAGAGAUGGUGCACAACAUCCUGUACCCCAUCAUCAGCAAGCCGGAGGUGACGUUGGUGCGUUACGACGUACAUCACGCUCUCCCUAACACAGCCAACUCCCUCAUUGGCCGCGCCGCUCACAUCGCUGUGCUCGACUCAGAACUCUUCAUCGAGAAGUUCUUGGUCGUCACGGGGUUGAAAUACUUCAGAUAGACGUUUCCGGGGCUUCUGCCGUUCAAGUGUCUUCUAUACAAUCACACUCCCCAUGUGUCUGUGUUUUUUUAUAUUAGUCGUAAGUACGAGACGAGAAGAUUUCAAAUGCCAAAGAGAAAAGACAGUUUUUAUUUCGGUUUUAAGGUUUUUGAUUCCGGUUUUACACUUUUGAGUACGUUAGAGCUUUGUUAGAUAUCCAAGAUAGUUGUCUGUUUUAUAUGUAAUGUUUUUAUUUAUAUUUCACUCUGUUUUUACCAAAAAGACAUUUAAAAUAUAGACCAAAAAGUAAUUUUACGAAUUUGUUACUAUACUAUUGUACAUAAGACAUGUUAAAAAGUAAAACUAAAUAAUCUUAUCUCAAAACUAACCAUUUAAAAGAUUGCAUACAAUUGAUGAAACAAAGGAAAAACAGUUGAGUCACAUUCCCAAAUUUUCAAAAUUUUAAUUUUAACCUAGUUUUAAAUAUUAUUUCACAUAGUAAUUCAAAUAAAAUUACUGUUGAAUGUUUGACAUACUUAGUUAAAAACGAAAACUCCUCAACAAAACCUUAUACAUUUGUCGAUUGCAUUUAGAAUUAUUACUGCCAGUUUUCAGUUGGGCAUUUAUUUUGGAUUGAAUGAAAAUUACUAAACCAUAAACUAUAAUCACUUCCACAAGCAUAACAUGUGGUCUUUCUCUUUAGACGUUUUUUGUACAAUAUUUGUAGUUGAUUCAUCAUUACUCCGGUUAAACCAAUCACAUUCUCAUUAGUGUCGAGUCCGUUUAGUUUCGUAGGAUAUUCUGUUUUAUCUUGCAUGGUGCUGAAAUGAAUCGAGCAUUUGUAAAUAAAUCACUUACAACGGUUGAUUACUUGUUCAAUGUCAGAUUGUACAGUUUUAUUGUAAGGAACACCAGAUAGUGGAUGAAUGUUGUUCAAUUACCUAUAUUUAUUUUAACAUUUCAAGAUAUAUAUUUGUUGUGAGGUAGUCAUGAGAAUGUACAAAACGUGCAAAGCCAUCGAAGGCUCAAAGCAUUAUGUUGGUGCUGUCUUUGCUCUUACGAAGCGAUACAAAUAAAAGAAAUAAUUAACCAAAUUGAAUUUAAUAAACAAUUUCAAAAACCGUUGGUUAUUUAAGCUUGGAGAGGCAAUGGCCACAUUUAUAUGAACAACAUAAAUUGAUUUUGACCAUCACACGGGAUUUUCUUUAUCCUACCACUGCAUGGCAAUUAUCACAUUUCCAAACCUGUAAAAAGUGAGCAAAAUAGCUCAUUUCCGCUCUGUUGCUCCCUAAAUCAGCUGAUUUUACAGUUGGCGUUCCUACACCAACCACUACUGCGGAUCUGGUAUUUUAACAACCGGUAAGCAAAUAACAUAACCUAAAUACAACUAAAAGGUUCUGUGUGUUAUGAUAAGUUAAUUAUGGUGGUAGGAAAAAUCUUGUGUGUAUUAUGAGCACAAACAGUCAUUGUCACUCUCAAAUCGUAUGGCAACUACGUGCAAUUCAUCUUCAUGCUGCUAUUUACAGUUCCCGAAUGGCAGUGACGUACUUUGCGCUUUUAAUACACAAAUAGCUAUCUCAGGCUCGUAGUUAAUGUGCGUAUUGUUCAUCAGAAACCAGUAAAAAAGACAAAAAUGACAGAAGAGUAAACAUAACCCUUUAUUAAUAACGUCAUAAGAACAAUACGUCUUCUCCUACGUCAUAUAAUAAAACAAUAUAGUUUAACAAAUUCUUGUAUGUACAAAUAAAAACCGAAAGCUUUCCAAUUGUACUAUUCAAAACUUUAUCUAAACAUUGGAACUGUUACAUUUUUAAUCAACCAACUAGCCUACAAAGUACAGUAAAUCUUGUCCAAAAUGUUAUUGUCAUACUAUAAAGUAUAGAGCAAAGACAGCACGUGGCGUGUAACCAAGUCAAUUCCGAUGCUCAUAAAGUUAGAAGGACGUCAGUAAUAACAUGGUCAUAGCAACGGAUUCAGGUGCUGCUUUUGUUAAAAUUCUCAUUUCUAGAACACACGAUCAUCAACAGUUAAAUCUUUAGAAAUAACAUUUUAUUGAAUUAAAACAUUUUUUCGUUAUAGUUAACAUAAAAGACACACACACAGUUAUUUUUAAACAGUUUUCAAAGACAUUACAAUAUAAGUUUCAAUUUUCUUAUAACAAAAGCCAGCUCCUGAUCCAAGACUUCAUGUAAGAGUAUAUACUCCGUGUGCUGUGUUCAUUAAUAGAUGUAUUAUAGAUCGGCUUAUCUGUAUCAGCUGCACUUUCAAAAUUUAGAUUUUUUGUGAGUGACGAUUGUUUGAUGGAUGUUCUAGCCAUUAGGCAUAAACGUGGACCAGGGAGGGGUACAAGGUAAUCUUACACUACUAGAAACUAUAGUCUGUAUGAUGUAACCUAUGUCUUCUGACCAUCCAUCUACCUGGGUGGCCCGGACCUUAAACCAUUAGCCUGUUCCCAGUUAGACCUUAGGUCAGAAUACAGGUUACAUCAUACAGACUGUAACAAGUAACAUGCACAGUUAUUUUAUUUCCAUCUAAAUUUCAAGUUCAUACCCUUGAAAUUUUUCUACGUGAGGCUAAAAGAACAAUGACUUGUAAACUAUAUUAACGGUAAUUGCAUGUAUAAAAUUAGUUAACUUUAUACGGAAGUGCAAACUGCAUUUACUCAUUCGUCU